AUGCUUGAAGCUCUAAAAGACAUUGAAAUCGCUUCCAGACUGGUGGCUUUUGAUAGAGAUGAUGAUAUGUCUCUUGAUGAAAAAUAUGAGAAGCUUCAAUGUGCUAUUACUCCAUUGUCACAUGAUAGUGAAGACUAUCAGCUGCUCAAGAAAUAUCUUCUUAAUACCCAUGCUCCAACUCACAAGGAUUGGUCCCUUGAGCUUGAAGAAAUUUUUGUACUUGAAAGAGAAGGAGAGUGUGAUAAGUUCGCACCAUUUAAAGAUAUGAAAAAUAAGAUGCUGCUGUGGCAUGGUUCACGUUUGACAAACUUUGUGGGAAUUCUUAGCCAAGGACUGAGAGUUGCACCUCCAGAAGCUCCAGCAACUGGCUACAUGUUUGGCAAAGGUAUAUACUUUGCUGACCUAGUAAGUAAGAGUGCACAAUAUUGCUAUGUGGACAAGAAUGAUCCUGUAGGUUUAAUGCUUCUCAGUGAAGUUGCUUUGGGAGAGAUCCACGAGCUCAAGAAGGCUACGUAUAUGGAUAAGCCACCAAAAGGGAAACAUUCAACUAAAGGAUUGGGAAAGACGGUGCCACUGCAGUCUGAGUUUGAGAUGUGGAGGGAUCAAGUGGUUGUGCCCUGUGGCAAGCCUGUUUCAUCAACCAUCCGAGCAUCAGAGUUACUUUACAAUGAGUACAUCGUUUAUAAUAUGGCUCAGGUCAAGAUGCAGUUUUUAUUGAAAGUUCGGUUUCAUCACAAAAGGUGAGAAAGCUGGGUGUGGUGUUAGUCUGAUGUCAAGAUACCUUACUUUGGGG